AUGCCGAUAGCUGUCAAUACAAAUACGCUUCAAAGCUAUAAUCACCAAAUAGAUUAAAAUCAUAGAAAUCCUUUGCUAAUUACCAAUAAAAAUGCUGAUCAAGAGGUAUCAUUAUAAUAUGAAACAAUAAAUAAUUUAGAUUAAACGGAGAUUGUUGAAAUAAAGCCUAAUCAAAGUACAGGCAGAGUCCAAUUGAAAAGUUACAAAGGGACUCACAGAGAUGACAUGAUUGAAGAGGACAAGGAAUUCCGGAUUCAUCAAGAAUAAAUGUUAAGCUUUCAUUAGAAACACAUUGAUGGUUGGAGAUCCAAUAAAAAAUCUGAAAGAGAGAUAAAAGACGAAGUUGAAAAGGAGCUUAAAAAAAAGAUUAAGUUGAAGUACAAGAAUCUCAUUGAAUAAAAUGAGGUAUACUAAGCAAUUAUUAAAGAAAAAAUGAGGAUCAUAGAGCAUCAAAAAGAUCAUUAAAUCAUGGACCUGUAAAAAUAAUUGUAAAAAGAACUAAGAGAAAAUAAUCACAUUUAGUAAAGCCUUAUUUCACAUAAAAAUGAACUUGAAAAGCUAUGA